CCUGUCUCCAGCUUUUCGUGGCAGAGCAUGUUGGGAAAUGUAGUGGGCAAGGUCUUCGGAGCGGUUCCACAAGGCAGGAGAGAGGGAGGGAUUCCAGCAUGUGGACUACAUUUCCCAUAAGAACACUUCGCCGCGCCUCCGACUCUAGAAGAGGGGCAAGGCAGCAGCUCGUUAUUUCCUCACCUCUUCUCCGUGUCCACCUUCGCCUUUCUCUAGCUCUAAAUGACUACGUCCAAUCCAAGUUCAACCUCCCUGCCCCCAUUAGAGUGGCUUUAGAGCCAUUGAGAGGAGGAAGGCAGGAAAAUCCCAAAAAGAUGCGCGAGAGAGGGCGGAGGCAGGGGCCCAGUUUAGCUGGCGGAAAGGGGCGGGGCUCCCGCCUCACUUGCAGGGGCGCCAUCACCUCUCGUCACUUCCGUAAACAAAAGGGUUUGAGAAGGCGACCCAGCUGCGAUGUGACUGCCGCCGCGGUGCGGGCUGAGCCGCAUUAUCGUAGCCUGCUCCUCCCGCCUCAGGUCUUAAAAAAUUGGUCUUGGUGCAGCAAGGAAUAUAAAACUAUGGAAGAACGAAAAAUAAAAAGGAGGAGCCCUAAAUCCUUUAGUUCUCAUUCUACUCAACUUGUUAAUUCUAAGAAAAAUUCCAUGCCAGUUAGUAAAAGCACAGGUUUUUCAAAUCCAACAUCACAGUCAACUUCACAAAGACCAAAGUUAAAAAGAGGCAUGAAAGAAAAGGCCAGACCUCAGGGAGGAGAAGGAAAAGGUGCCCAGUCAGCUCCAAUUCAGCAUUCCUUUCUCACUGAUGUCUCAGAUGUUCAAGAGAUGGAGAGGGGCCUUCUGAGCCUUUUGAAUGAUUUCCAUUCUGGAAAACUUCAAGCAUUUGGAAAUGAAUGUUCCAUAGAACAGAUGGAACAUGUUCGAGGAAUGCAGGAGAAGUUAGCUCGACUGAAUUUGGAGCUCUAUGGGGAGUUAGAGGAACUUCCUGAGGAUAAGAGAAAAAUAGCCAGUGACGCUAAUCUGGAUAGGCUUCUGUCAGAUUUAGAAGAGCUGAAUUCUUCCAUGUAUCCUUUGCUAAAUAUCUAUAGGGAAAAGUUCUAUUUAAUGGAAUUCCUGGAGAACUGGUUAUGGGAAAGGUUUUAGCUAAGGAUUCUGUUCAGAAGCUACUAAAGACACCAACUAUUACCGAUGGAGUUUAUCCUUUGCAUCUUAGGACCCCAGACACAAUAGAAUUUCUAUGACUUUAACUCUGUAAUUUUUUUGUGUUUUGUCAUGAGGACACUUCUGCAUAGAUAGUGGACACCAUUAGAGGGAUAUUCAUUUUGAGGCAAAGUGAAAUAGAAUUUACAUAGGGCAUAAUGGCAUGUAUAGAAUAUAAGAACAUCUUUUAAAAUACUUUUAAAGUGCCUAAAAUUUGUUCAUAGUCAUUAAACUAUAGGCUUUCUCUAUGAGAUUAUGUACUAUAUAGUGACAUCUAUUUUGUAAGUCAUGGGGCAUUUCCCUUUAAGUUGAAUAUUCAUCAUGGAAUUACUUCUCACUAGUGCAUUUAAAAUGUUAGGAGAUUUGAUUCACAAGAUUUUGAUUUGUGCUAACCUUUUUAGGAUCUUUUCAGUCAGUAAGUGUUUAUUGAAUAUGCCCUAUCUGAAGAACUUUUUUUACUUUAAAUAUUUUUUAAUUUUUUUACUCAUUUUAAAAAUAUUCCUUAGCCCCAUGAGGCAUCCCUCUUUUUGUCAAUUUAGAAAGACAAACCAUUAUACCAUGAAACAAUUAGUGAAUAAAACUGUUAUAAAUCACAUUAUAUACUGAUAAAGUGCCAAAUUGUAUUAUUUAGGUAGAGAAUAGGACAAUGCUUCAUGAAAAUAAAUGCAAAAUGAAUUAAAGAGGAAAGAAGUCAAUCCUGGCAGCACUGUCAUGUGAAAAAAUAUUCAGACAAUGGUAGGACUAAUAAGUGUUCCCUCCAGACUUAGUACUUUUUUUUUUUUUUGCUUCUUUCCCUCAGAGAGAACUCCCCUUAUGGCAUCAACUAUUUUCUUGAUAUUGAUGACUCCCAAAUUUUAUCUUCAAAUCUUCUCAUUUGAAUUCUAGUCAUUUACUGGACAUUCCAUUUAGAUGUCCUGUUGUCACUUUAAAUUCAACAUGUCUAAUACCAAACUCAUUUUUUCCCCUUCAUUUUUUUCCCCUUUCCCCUGGUUCUUCUUCCUAGCUUUCCUUUAUCAGUAAUACUAUCCAUUCUUCCCAAUCACUCAGACUCCAAUCAAUCACCAAGACCUUUCAGUUCUUCCUUCAAAAUACCAGUAUGUCUUCCUGUCAUUCUCCUGCUCAGUCAGUUAAAUGGUGCCUUACUUUUUUACUUCAUUAGAUCUCAACUCCUUUGUGGAAGGCAACGUGGUACAGUGAGAAGUACUCUGGAUUCAGAGUCAGAACAUCUAGUUUAAAAUCUCAGCCCUAUUACUCACAACUUAUGUGUGACCUUGGGCAAAUUCCAAAUGCUCUCACUUUCCUUCUUUGAAAAAUCCUCUCAUGUUCCUUCCAAAGUUAUAUCUAUCUUUCUAGGUUCCUGUUAAAUUGUAGUCUAGUAGUCUUUGUGGACUUUCAUUAUCUGACCCCACUAAUACUCAAUAAUAUCUCCUACUGUCUGCUAAAAACUCUUUGUUAAGUUAUGGAACUUUUUUUUCAGCAAGUCGGGUCUACUCAUUCUCCCCAAACUUACCAUCAUCAUUUUUACUUCUUUCCCUUUGCUGUACUUUCUGUUUAUCAUGUUCUGCUUUUCCCCCUCUGAUCACCUAAUUUUACUCAUUCUUCAGAACCCUUUUUAUUCCUUCCCUUUUAAAGUCAAUGUAACAUAGUCUAGGUUCUAAUUAUUAUUCAGUUUCCCUGUUGUUUCAUGUUACUUAUGUCUCCCUGUGACAUUUUCAAGUUCCUAGAGGCAAACGCCAUGUCUUAUACCUUUUAGGUGGUCCCUAGAUUGUGUAGUAUAUUGCUGAACACAUAUUAGAUGCAAAGCCCUGAAGGACUGACUAUGGUACAUAUUAGUGUAGAAAAAGACUGUAAGUUCCACAUAAUAUAGUAACCAAAAAAUAUGUCAUCUUGGGAUACUUUAAGAAAAGCAUAACUUCCAGUAAUAAGAAAGUGCUAGUACUUUGGUUCUAUAGACCACAUCUUGAAUAUUGAGUUGAAUUCUGAGUGCCACGGGUUUUUAGGACAUUGAUAAAUUAGAAAUAAUUCCACCAGGACCUGGAAAAUAUUUGAAGCUUAUGUGCCAAUGAUAUUUGUUGCUAAUAAUGAAGAAGUGGAGAAAUUUUGUGGAGAACUCCUUAAGACCCUCCAAAUGAAAUCAGUAUAUACACUGGUAUAAAAGUUGGGGGGGAAAUGGUGAGUGCUGCAAGGAAUACAUAGGAAAGCAUAUAAAUGAGAAAAGCCAAAGGCUUAUAGAUUCUGUAGCCUCAAAACCUCAAACAAUUUCUUGGAGAAAAAAAUUGGUAGGUAUAAGGCAUGGAAGUCACUAAACAAUAUCACAGAAAAUGAAAUGUAAAAGACCUGUUAUUGAUAUGGGAGUCAUUCCUCGGUCUUAAAGUGUCUGUGUAUAGUUACACCAUCAACUUGUCUGAGAAAGACCAGCUACAAUAAAAAUAAUAAGAAAAAUUUGUAUGUGGAAUACAGUGAAAACAACUCCUCAUCAUUUAGGCAAAUAAUUGACAAAGAAAGCAUAGUGAAUGGACAGCAGAAAUAACAUUUACACUGAUUCUAAUAAUUUAAUACAGAAGUUUAACUAAUCUAAGUUUAUUUCCACAAGAUCAAAAGAAACCAUAAAACCCCUUAAUAAGCUUUGAUUUACUUAACAAGUGAAGAGAGAGUAGCCAAAGGCACCAUUGGAAUUGAACAUAUUGAUUCAUUUAAAUAGUCUUACAAAAAAAGUUGAUGGGCAAUUAUGAGCAAUGUGGGUCUUACAAAAUUACAGUAGAGUAAACCACUUUAAAUAAGUUUAGUAAGACAUACAACCAAGCAAAGUCUUACCAAGGACAUUAAAGGAUGAAAAUAGACUACAAGCUGAAGAAAAAUGGAAAAGAGCUACAAAGAUUACAGUAAAAUGCUGUCUUCACCCUAAGGCGAGUGUAACCAUCAGUUUAUGCUUGUAGGGAGGAAGAAAUGAUACUAAAGAAAACAAAGAGGGGGGAAAGCAACCAGAUAUAUGCAGAGGAGAUCUGUCCUGGAGGCUACACAGUUGUUAGGAUGUUAAAGGGUUGUCAAUAUGCAAGGUAUCUAAAAGGAUAAAAGGCAUAGGAAAAAUUUUAGACCUUAUUAAUAUUCAAAAAAGUGAACCAAGCAAAUAUCAGUAACUACCAAACCAAACAACUAUUAUCUGAAUUAUUUGUUUAAAAAACCUUUGAAAGUUAUCUCUGUAUACUAAUCAAGGAAAUCUUUGAUGAGGGUCUUAUUAAGGGACAAGCAGGCUUUUACAACUGAUUUUCAACAUUGAGCCAUAUCUUUACCAUUCCAUAACUGAAAGAUGUACAUAAUAUGAGCCAAUAUAAUUUUCUUUGCUUUCUUAAGGAGUGAGGUAGGGGCAGGAGGGAAGAAGAUUUGGAAUUCAACAUUUUUAUAAAUGUUAAAAAAUGUCUUCAUUUAAUUGGGAAAUAUUUAUUGAAAUAAAAUACAUCUAAAGAAAACAAAAGGAAGACAUUAAAAUCAUAUCUUAAAGUCUGUUUUCCAACAAAGUAAGCUAUAACAACAGAAAAAAAUCCUUUUCAAUGACCAUCUUUUCAUAACUAUAAAGGGAGUCAUCAAAAAGGAAAAUAUAUACUCCAUAAAAGUGUUUAUCAGUGUGAUUAAAGAAGAUCUAGUUCAAAAUCCAAGUUAAAGAAGGUCUCUAUGGAUUGUGAUGUCCUAUAGAUGUAUCCGUCUGCAGAUGAUGCAUUGUUUACAUCAAUCCUGGAACAUUGUAGAGCCUCUUGAAAGUGAUCCAUCACAGCUCAUGAGUUUGGCCUGACCUUUCAUCUGCAAAGACCAAGUGGAUGAAGAACAUGAAUUGCUCAAAUUUUGAUAUGCUUUUGGAUGAACCUGUAGAGUAUCUAUCAACAUCUAGCAUAGACAAUAAGUUGGGUCCAAAGUUGAAUAGGAAGAAGAGAGUAGAUUGGAUUGCUUUAGAGGCAUUUUAGAAUUCCUUUAGUUACCCCAAUAUUUUUGCUAACAAAAGCCUAUCUUUCUCUGUAUUGCUAUAUGGCAGCAAGACAUGGAAUGUAAUGCUUUCUGGAGAAUUAGAAAUAAAUAUCCCACAGUGGGCUACUGAAGCAAGCAUACAGUAGGUGCGAUCAAGUGGCAGAUUAUCCCAGUGAGGAAAUUCAAAGUCCAAAAGUAAAGAAUGUCAUUCAAGAAAUGUACAAGCAAGUGAGAAGAGUUAACAGAUGGUGGACAUGCUUCAUGAUGUCAAGAGAAACAGAAGAAAAACUACAGUAUGUUAUGUGAAUCUCUUAUAACUUAUGGGAGGAUGUGGACAAGAAUCAAAUAGAAUAAACGGUCAUAGGUAACCUACAUAUGAAUAAUUGGAGGGAACUUCUAAAUCAGUGAAACCUGACUUAGAUCUUUGUAUAGAUAAGCUGAAGAGAAUCCAGAAGGGGAUAACCAGGAUAGUAAAGGACUUUGAGUAUGAUAUAAAGAAUGGUUGAAAAAAGUGAGUAUGUUUCACCUAGAGAAUGGAAAAUAUGAUAGGUGUCUUCAAAUGUGUUGGAAUGCCAUGUGAACAAUGAAUUAGACUUUCUCUCUUUGGGCUUUAUUUGAAACACUCAAAACAGAGCAGAUGAUGAGUGGAAGUGUCCAGAAGUGGAAUGGGUUGCCUUAGAAGAUAAUAGUUUCCCUCUCUUUGGAGAUCUUCAAAAAAGAGUAGCUAGAUGACUUCUUGUCAGAUAUGUUGAGGCCCUUUCCAAUUCUAAUAUACUGUGAUAAAAGAGGAGGAUAGUUAAGAUGAAAAGAAUAGGAGUGAAUAUUUGUAGAAAAACACUACAGAAAACAGCUGUAGUGAUAUUAAGAAUGUUUGGUUUAGAAGGCAAUGAGAUGGCUCAGUGGAUUGAGAAUAAAGCUUAUAAAUGGGAGGUUCACAGUUCAGGCUGGAGUCUGGCCUCAGACACUUCCUAGCUGUGUGACUCUGGGCAAGUCAUUUAUCCUCCAUUGCCUAGCCCUUAUUGCUCUUCCUUUUAACCAAUUAACAGCAUUGAUUCUAAGACAGAAGGCAAGAGUUUGUUUUAUUUUUUUAAAAAGGAUUAUUUCCAUUUUUAAAAAAAUAAAGCUACCCCCAAAACAUCUUUAAUAUGGCUCUAGAAUUUAAAAUAUUACAAUAUUUCCUUUGUGCGAUAGAAAGAGCACUUGUCUGAGUGUCAGGAGACCCAAGUUCAAGUGCUAUUGUUGAAAUUUUUAGUGACAAGUCACUUGACUUUUCUGUGCCCUAUGAAAAGUACAUUCAAAAUGCUACUAGUACUCCUCAUAUCACCCACCUUACACAGUUGUAAGGAAAGCAUUUUGCAAACCCUAAAGUUCCAUAUAAAUGAAAAGAAUGGUUAAUAAUCAUUCUGAUUAUUUGUUGAAGGUUUUUUUUUUUAAUUCUGGGAUUACUUAAAUUUAGAGCAUUUUAUAUAACCAGGAGUAACUUGUUUUUGCUAUAUUCUAACCAUAAAAUAUGCCAUUAAUUCAACACGAUAGUUAAAAAUGGGGCCUUCUAUAAAAUUGAGGCUAUGUAUACUCUAUUGAAACAUAGCAUGCAAUUUCAGGAUAAUUCAAUAUGGAAAACAUAAAACAAGCUACUGAAGUUAAACACAAACACGGUUUUAAUUCACAGGUUUUGAAUAUAGGGUGAAAUGGUCCUUAAGAGCUUUUCCUACCACUAAAACUUCCCUGUCAAUGAAUGCUUUCAUAGUAUAUACUCAUCCCUCCCCUACAACCUCACAAUGUAUUUUUAAUUUUCUAUAGCCUCUGAAUAAAACUUUGAUGCUUAAAAUCUUAUUUUUAAUAACAAAAAGCUUCUUAACUGGUUACUUCAGACAAAAACUUCACCUGGCAGAUGCUCAAGAUGUUCCAAAUACCUCUACCAGCUAAAAUAAUAUGCACUUCACUCAUUGUCUUGUGAUUCAGAGAAAAAACAGUCAUCAGAAUCCAGCUGAAUCCUGAAGCUGAUUCAUCUUCUCUCUAACAAAGAAUGAAAGCCCAUAUGCAACUGAUUGUUCUCACACAUUGCUUUUAGUAACUCUGACUGCUGUAAUUCGCCAUAGCUGGGGGCCAGGUUGUGUUGAAGUCUCAAAUCAGGAAAUGUGACUGCCACAUUGUGCUGCUAUGCUUUUUAUUACUGCCUUAUCGUCCAAAAGCUGAGGGUAAGACUUGAAAGUGCAUUUAUUUCAUGCUAAGUGUUGUUCACAGGACCGAAGGAUUUAUCCUUCCCAAGCUCAUCAACCUUGUUCCAAUUUUUACUUAUAAGUUGGCUUGUGACCGCUUAGCUUCAGUUUACAAGUAGACAAUCAGCACACUACUCAGUGUGUUUUUCAGUGGCCAGUGACAACAAAAUGUUAAAUAAGUAUUUGUGAAUUUGCUAUUUUUAAUAAAGUAACAGUUUUAAAUUA